AUGUCAUCAAAUCCCCAAGCAGACCCGAACCCAGCUUUUGCCCGGAUCCCACCCUGGGUGAAGGCGAAACUGAGACCGAUCGCGCUCGAAAAGAUCCAGCAAGUCUACGAUUGGGUGGAGAAUGAGUGUAUUCCCGCCGAGCGUAUCUACAAGGCGCAGCUGGCCGCCAGUAAAACAAGAUGGGAGACGCCAGCUAUUAUACACGAUCUGAGGAAGAAGGCCAAGGCACAGGGCCUGUGGAAUCUGUUCCUGCCAAAUCACUUUGUCGAGAGCCCUGGCUUGACCAACCUGGAAUACUCAUGCUGUGCGGAGAUCAUGGGCAAGGUGUACUGGGCAGCCCAGAACCACAAGGCUGACCCGCGGAAGACGAUGAACUGCCAUGCUCCGGAGACUGGCAAUAUCGAGCUACUCGCCAAAUACUGCACCCCGGAGCAGAAGAAGAAAUGGCUACAUCCCCUGAUGAAUGGCGACAUGUCCUCAGCAUACAGUAUGACCGAACCAGACCGCGCAUCUUCAGACGCCACGCAGGUCGGCAUCAGCAUGGAAAUUACGGAUGAAGAAGUGAUCAUUAAUGGUCGCAAAUUAUAUGGAAAUUGCCAAUACAACCCAGAGAUGCAACUCUUCAUCUUAAUGGGUUGCUCGGAUCCCAACAAUCCAAACGCAUGGAAUCGUCACUCAACACUCGUUGUACCCGCAAAUUCGCCUGGAUUGAAGCAGGUCAGAAAUCUUACCAUCAUGGGAUAUGACUGGGCACCAGAAGGCCAUGGAGAAUACAUUUACGAUAAUGUACGUGUUCCUCGCGAAAACAUUAUCCUUGGGCCUGGCAGGGCGUUUGAGAUUGCACAAGGACGGCUGGGCCCUGGUCGCAUCCACCACUGCAUGAGACUAAUCGGCCAAGCUGAACGCGCUUAUGAUCUUGCGCUCGUGCGAUGCAUGGAGCCGCGCAAGAAGCCCCGUGGGAAAUUCAUUGGCGAGUUCGAUAGCAACAUCGAACGCAUUGCAGACAUGCGUAUGACCAUUGAUGCAAUGCGCCUCGUCGUCUUGAAUGCUGCCGAUACAAUGGAUCUUCAAGGGAACAAGGCAGGCAAGUAUGCCAUCGCACAGAGCAAGAUUAUGGUGCCCAACGCACUGAUCAAGGUCAUUGAUGAAGCCAUGCAAAUCUAUGGUGGUCAAGGCCUCACUCAACAUACGCCUUUGCCUGAAAUAUGGACAUACGCCCGUUUCGUUCGCGUUGCUGAUGGCCCUGAUUCUGCUCACAGGCACCAAGUCGGUCGCGAGCAGAUGAAGACGGCGAAAGCGGCUCGAGAACGAGCAGCAAAGUACACGGAGAGGUACAAAGAACUGUGUCAGAAGUGGGGAUUAGAGCCAGAAGAGUUCAUGGGCAUUGUAUGA